CAAAGCCCAAGCCCGGCGGGCACCAUCUCCCGGUCUCAAACGUGUACCGAAAGACAAUAAAAUUCCCGAACUCCUUCCCAAAGUGAACUUUGUAGAGAAAGUGAAAGCAACAGAGGGAGAGCAAGAGAACUGAGAAAUUUUGCACCCAAAUCGAUGAAGGACCGGCUGGAGAGGACCAAGGUGGUGAUUCGGCACCUCCCACCGUCUCUCACGCAGUCCGAUUUCUUCCCUCAAGUCGAUGAUAAAUUCUCUGGCCGAUACAACUGGUUCUCUUUCCGCCCCGGGAAAAUCAGCCACAAGCAUCAGACGUAUUCUCGAGCCUACAUAGACUUCAAGAGGCCUGAGGAUGUUUUCAAGUUUGCUGAGUUUUUUAAUGGACACAUGUUUGUUAACGAGAAGGGUGCUCAGUAUAAGAUUAUAGUUGAAUAUGCACCUUCACAGCGUGUUCCAAGGACAUUUUCUAAGAAGGAUAGCCGUGAAGGAACCAUAUAUAAAGAUCCUGAUUAUUUAGAGUUCCUCAAAAUUAUCGCAAAGCCCACUGAGCAUCUUCCUAGUGCAGAAAUACAGUUGGAAAGAAAAGAAGCAGAACAAGCUGGCGCUGCAAAAGAAACUCCUAUUGUUACACCACUUAUGGAGUAUGUUCGUCAGAAAAGAGCUGUUGAUUGUGGAGCCCAGGGGUCAUCAGUUGUUGGGAAGAUAAGGAGAAGAGCUGGGGCUGCAUCCCCAGGCAAGCCUGGCUCAUCUAGUACCAAACGAGGCUCUGAGAAGAAAAAGUAUAUUUUGAAGCAAAGUGCCAAGACUUCUACUCAAAAGAACAAGUCUAGUUUCAUUGUAGUGGCUAGGCGACAGGAUCAACCAUCUACUUCAAGUGGGAAAAAAACAUCUGAAAAUGAAACAGUCCAUGGCAUUGAACGUUCUGUUUCUGGAAUCCCUGUGACUACGGACUCUAGAAAUAAGAUUCUGCUUCUAAAAGGGAAAGAGCAAGGAAUUCCUGAGGGCUUGUUACAACAGCAGGGUGUAACACCACCAUCUGGUAAUUCUCCUGCUUCAACUGCUCUAAAAGAGAAUCAGAGGCGUGAGGCUGGCGGGAGGUUUAUCAGAAGCAUACUUUUAAAUAAUGAUGCUCGUCAAAGUCAAUCUUCAACAGCAGUCCAGCCUCAGCAGAAAAUUCAAAUCUUGAACUCAGAAAGUGGCAAGCGACCAUCACGACCUGUCAAUGCACGAUUGGGUUCGAAUAGUCCUGCAUCUAAACAUGAACCAAACUCAUUUGGUUCUGAAGGGGAUCCAAAACGGACUCCAGAUGAUAAAUUCACAAAAAAGGACCUCCAAGGUUUGGGUAAUGUCAGCGAGAAACAAGAAAAACGUACAAGAAAUAGGGAUAGACCUGAUCGUGGUGUUUGGACUCCUCUUCAUCGAUCUGAUGUUUCACAUACUAUUGAUGAGCACUUGUCAUCAUCUGUGCCGCACUCUACUCAAUUGCUAUCUGAUUCGGUUGAAGCUUCCCAUGGAGAAAUGAAAGAUAUACCUCAUGGAAGCAGGAUUGCAGAGGUUACAACCCCUUCAAGUGGACGUAACAGUUCUGUCGAGAAUGGUUUCCAUAGACAUGUUGGUCGUCGUGGAGCUGUCCAUAUUUUGAAGGAUGAUGGCUCUCUAAAUAUGAGUGAGGGGAAAUCUUCCAGAAGAGUUGUUAGCAGCCAUGGUGCUCAUGAGAAACAGGUGUGGGUUCAGAAGUCAUCUUCAGGUUCUUAGAAUGUCAAAAAUUUGGUAUGGCAGUCAGUAACAGCAAUAAUUCGUCAUUUGUCCAAGGACCGUAUCCAUUUCUGCGGGUGAAGGCCUCCAUUGAAGACAUGGUACAGACAAGACAACAACAGAGAGAUGAUUUUGUUGUUGUGCCAAUUGUAGGAUAUUAUGCUUGUGGAAAUUUCUUGUGGUACGGUGAUCGGAUUUGCGUCCAACAAGGAGAUGCAGCAUGCUCAAUCUGAUGAAUUCAGAGUUGAAAGUAUCCAAGCGACGAGAAUACCCAAGUUUGAAAGAGGAUUUGCUUUUGUUGAUCAUAUCACUUUUAAGGUUAGGCCAGUUGUAUUUUCAUUAUUCCGAAGUAUAUAUCUUGAAAGGGAAGCAGAAAGUACAUGGUAUUUUGACCGGUAUAGCAUAUCAGAACUGUCUUCGCGUUUAUGUAUGAUAUGAUGAUGGGUAUAAUCAAAGAAUUUGGAGGAAUUAUAAAAGGUGUUGUAUUGACUCAUUUUGGUCUGGAAA